AUGGCGCCUAUUGGGCCUGCGAAAGCCGAAGGCCCCGGGAGCCCGGCGUUUUGUCCGCGGCGGACGUCGAGCCGCAGUAGCACCCGCUGUGAGUCGCCACCACCUCGUGCUUUCACACCGCUGAGCGAUACCGCUCCCCUCAUUUUAGGCCGCACUUCCCCAGAGCCACCGCGGUGCCACAGUGCAAGUGGUGACUAUUGCGCCUCAUCGCGACCGCCAUGGCGUCGGCGUGUGCAGCACAGGAAGAAUCUUGCAGAGGAGCAUCAGCGUGAGAUCAGCACGAAAAUUGCUGAGCUGGCCAAAAGGAAAGAGCCACAAUAUCCAGAUGGGCUUGAUUCCGACGGUCUGAGUUGCCUGUUUCGAGGCUACACCGCUUCUGUCCUGAAGACACAGCGGACGGCGCAUCCAAUGAGAAAGGCUGCCUGGUCAUUCGUGUACAGGGCCAGGGCAUCUCCACAGCCAGAUGUGCCGAGUUCUGACAACGUUGCGCCGAUCUUCCACCGCCAUAAAGAGGAGAAGCGUGGUACGUGCCGGCGCCUGGAGCCAUCGAAGCCACGCUCUCCACCGAUUGCUGGUUUGCCUCCAAGAAGAAUGCAGUCCUCAACGCAGCCGCCAAGGGGAGACAGCUUUGAGCCGGCUCCUGCAGAAUCCUUCUGUUUGAUGCCUUUACCGGUCAUCCAAGACUUCGACAUGCCUCCCUCUCCAGAUUCAAAGGAAACCCAGCUGAAGACCGCAGCGCUCACAAGGCAAGCGAGCCGGGAGUCAACAGGUUCACGAGUCGAAGAAGGAGAUACCGACAUCAACGAUAGGGCACCGCAGCUCGCGCGUGCCAAGACGGUGAGUCAGGGACAAGGGAGCAAGAACGCUUCGAGUGCACCCGAAGAUGUCGAGGCUUUCGAGGAGCCUGGAUCUGGAACGCCUCCAUCCUCCAAGGUCGCGUUCAGGAGACAGGGGAGCAAAAGCGAGCUCCAAAUAGAGCAGCAGGAGAAGGGAUUGGAGGUCUUCUACCGAUUGGCCGAGUCCAACAAGGAGCUGCAUCACUCUGAGCUUCCCAGGGCACUGCGGAUGAUGGGGUACAUGCAGCCCAAUGACGCUUGGAUCACGGACCUCCUGCGCGCCAUCACGAGCUUCAACACUGUCCAAGUCAAUGAGUUCCUAUCGCUCGUACACGGAUAUGCGCAGCGGCAUCAUGAUCAACGCGCCGCAACCUUCGCCAAGUACGAGGAUGGUCACGGGCACAUGAGCCGCGAGGGGCUGCAGAAGGCCAGUCGAGACUUCGGCAUCGAGCUUCUGCCGUAUGUGGUUGAAGAGGUGGUGGCCGAGGUGAGUCAGGGCUUUGCAGACCGCGACUUGUUGGACCUCCCUCGCUUCGAGAAAGCCAUGAAUCUCAUCCUUGGUCGUGAGGGGUUCUCCAGGCAAGAGCAUGAAGAAUUCGCCAAGCUGUUCCUCAUGCACGACAGGGACGGCUCAGGUGAAAUCGACAGCUCCGAGCUGAUGGUGAUGCUGCAGUGGUUGGGAUUCUCAAGCUGCGUCUCUCGGGCCCCGCAGUUGCUGAAGCAGGUUGAUCGCGACGGAAAUGGUGAAAUGAAUCAGAUGGAGUUCACGGCUUGCAUGCGCCUGGUGCGGGAUGUUGAGCUUCGAGCAGUGAGAAAGUUGAUCCAGGAGGUGCAUGGUGACGGCAGUGGAACGCUUGCCGUGUCAGAGUUUCCGGCCCUGCUCCGGGCACUCGGAUACGAAACCUGGGAUCCCAAGGUCAUCGGCGAAACUCUUGAAGAUGUUGGUUUGGCAUCGAGGAAGGAGCUGGAGCUGGGUGAUACAUGGAGAAUCCUGAUCGAGUAUCGCCGCAAUGAAGGCUUCUGCAAGGAGGAUCGUGAGGCGCUGGAGUCCGUCUUCUACCAGCACGACGAGGACCGCUCCGGGGAGCUGGACAGCCUCGAGGCACCCUUAGCCUUGCGCAAGCUCGGCUUCGCCGUGGGGUUCAACGAAGCACAAAGUUGGCUGCUGAAGGUAGAUGUCGACGAGACCGGUGCUCUGAGCCUGGAAGAGUUCAUAAAGCUCGCGCGAAUGCUGCAGUCCAAUGAAAUGAUGCGCUAUGCGUCCGCAUUCAGGGAAAAGGCUGCUUGGGGGCCAUGCUCACGGCGGAGGGCUGCGCGGCUGCUUGCUUCCUUCGGCUUCACGGCCGAUGUCCAAGUCUUUGGUGUGGACGAAGAUGAGGAGGUGUCAGAAGACUGCUUCUUGAUCGUGUGUUCCAGGCUCUUUCAGGAGCGACGGAAAGAGUGCAGACAAAACGGCGGUUGGAAUUUUGAGCAGAUGCGGCUGCUCAAGAAGGUCUUCGAAACCUACGAUCCGCACAACAACGGCUAUGUAGGGAACAAGGAACUAAUCCGUCUUCUGUCUGAGAUCCUCCCGAACCUCUCAAGAGAUCCAUUCUUCCGGCCGGAGUUGAAAGCAAUCCUGCAGAAUGUGCAAGUCGAGGGCACCGGACGGUUAGGCUUCCAUGAUUUCUUGUCACUGGUGCAGCUUUGCCGGUCGGCACAGGAGAAGAUGGUCGCCCGAAGACAGCAGGCUGCGAUAGAGGACACAGGAUUCACUCAAUCGGAUGUCCAAGCCUACCGAGAUUUCUUCCUUGCUGCCAGCGCGAACAGCAACACAGUCACGUUCGAGGAAGUCUGGGCUUUGUUUCAUAGCACUACGCCCUUGGGAAAUGGCUUGACCGAGACACUGCAUGCAGCCUUCGAAGAUCAACUGAGGCUACGCAAGGACGACCAAGGCGAGAUGCAAGACGAUGUGCUGGAAUUCCCGGACUUUUUGAGGUUGGUGAAAGACUUGGAGGACACGAACUUUGCCGGCCUGGCGAAGGCUUGA